AGGGGGCGGCCCCGUUAUGACCAAUCCUGAGGAAAGGGCAGGAGAAAAGGCUGGCUGAGGAGUGGCUGGCCAGCAGCAGUUGCUGACAUUCUGUACUAGGAGCCUGGGCUCAAGGUAACCCAGACCUCUAUGCAAACAGCGGGGCUGGGGGUGUUAUACGGGCGAGGUAGACAGGUAAGGGGACUUCAGGGCCUGCACUGAGGCCAAGGGGUAGAGAACGCUCGGAGGUUGUGGCAAGGAGACAGAAUUCUAGGCUGAAUCGAAGGAUCAGAGGGUGCAGAAGUAAGAAAAGGGGUGUGAAUGUGAGCACAAGAGGGAAACUGAGCGAGUGGGCAAAAAAUCGCGUCUGGGGCAAGGGGAGGAGGGUGUAAUACACCCUGCCACAGAAACAUAUGUAAUGUGGGAGCAGGUGGCACCAUCUUCUCUUGAGCUUAUUUUCCAAAAGUAGCUCCCUUUUAGUCUUUUUUAAGGUAAAAUGUUGACCCGACUUUUUUUUUAGAAUACAAGGAAAGAACGUCAGAGGAAGCUAUAUGAAAGCGAGGCCGCGCAAGGCGCAGAGAAGGUUGUCAGAGGGUGGCGCCUUUUUACAAGUACUUUCCAUCCCUUUUCACCCGAAGCUCUGGCCGCGACCCUCCCCUCGUCCUCUGCCCCCCUCCGCUCCCCGCACUAUCUGAUUGCCUUAAAACCAGGUGACCGCCUCGAUCUCCACUUCAGCUCCGGGAACCUUCGAUUACAGGGGGUGGAGCCCGCAGUAGCUGCUGGCGUUGCUGGAAGGCCGGCGGGAGGAGUCCCAAGGGCGCUAAAGGCGCACCGCAGCCAUAACGCCUAUCUUUCACAGAAGUCCUUGUCUCAUUCCAGCUACAGCAGCAGCUCCAUUCCAGACGCCUUUCUUCUCUGGCCGAGCGGCGAGCUGAUGGCCCAGGUUAGAGAAGCUUCCUUGCCCUUCUGCUCAGUGGCCCCCCGGAAUUCCGGAGCUGGGGGAGGAGUCUCGCUUGAGGAGGUGGCUGACAAGGCGGGGGAAAUGGAGGAGGAGGAGGUGGGAGCGCUUAAGGCUUGUUCAGCUGGGGGAAAUGAGGAAUUCAAGCUGAAGCCAUUACAAGAGCAUAAACCUGAACCUGAGAGGAACUUGAAGAGGAGCGGCGGCGAGAAGGUGCUCCUCUUUUCCACUGCCCCUCGCUGUCAUAGCAGCUCCUUGCCUGUUUUCCCAUGCCUCAAGCCCCGCCCUCGGCCCCAGCCCAGGGCCUGCUCCAGGGGUCCUCCCAGACCCUUCGACCCACCCACACCUCCUGCCCACCUCCCGCGCCCGACCCCGCGGCCGCUGCUGCCCCUGUCCGGGUCCCGGCCCUGGCGCCAAUCCCAGCGUAGAUCCAGGCCUGGGCCCAGGCCCCAGACAAGGCGAAGCUACUCUGGUGACCUAGGCGGAUCCGGGGAUCCAGGCGGCUCAUGGGACUGGUUGCUGGAGAUGGAGUUUGAUCAGGGUCCCACUGGCUGCUCUCAUGUGGAGAGCUUUAAAGUGGCUAAAAACUGGCGGAAGAAUCUGCGGUUGAUUUACCAUCGUUUCGUUUGGAGUGGGACCCAUGAGACUAGGAAACGUAAGGCAAAGUCAUGUAUCUGUCAUGUAUGUAGUACCCAUAUGAACAGACUCCACUCUUGUCUCUCCUGUGUCUUCUUUGGCUGCUUUACUGAGAAACAUAUUCACAAACAUGCUAAAACAAAGCAGCACAAUUUAGCUGUAGACCUCUAUCAUGGAGUUAUAUAUUGUUUUAUACGUAAGGAUUAUGUUUAUGACAAAGACAUAGAAGAGAUUGCCAAAAAAACAAAGGAGAAAAUUUUGAAAUUACUAACUUCCACCUCAACAGAUGUUUCUCAACAACAGUGUAUGACAUCAGGUGUUGAAGAGAAGCAAAUAACCUGUGAGUCAAAGGGACAGGAGCCAAAAUUGGUGAAACCCAAGAAAAAGAGGAGAAAAAAGUCAGUCUACACUGUAGGCCUGAGAAAAAAAAAAGGCCUGAGAGGGCUAAUUAAUCUUGGGAACACCUGCUUUAUGAAUUGUAUUGUCCAGGCACUUACUCACAUUCCUCUACUGAAAGAUUUCUUCUUUUCUGACAAGCACAAAUGUAUAAUGACAAGCCCCAGCUUGUGUCUGGUGUGUGAAAUGUCUUCGCUUUUUCAUGCUAUGUACUCUGGGAGCCGAACUCCUCACGUUCCCUAUAAAUUACUUCACCUGAUAUGGAUUCAUGCAGAACAUUUAGCAGGGUAUAGGCAACAGGAUGCCCACGAGUUCCUUAUUGCAAUAUUAGAUGUGCUGCAUAGACACAGCAAAGAUGAUAGUGUUGGGCAGGAGGCCAAUACCCCCAACUGCUGCAACUGCAUCAUAGACCAAAUAUUUAUAGGUGGCUUGCAGUCUGAUGUCACCUGUCAAGCCUGCCAAGGUGUCUCCACCACAAUAGACCCAUGCUGGGAUAUCAGUUUGGACUUGACUGGCUCUUGUGCCGCAUUCACUUCCCAGAGCCCUAAGAGUACUGACAGCACAGUAAUUAGGGAUGACCACAUACCAGGAAUCCCCUCACUUACAGACUGCCUACAGUGGUUUACAAGGCCAGAGCACCUAGGAAGCAGUGCCAAAAUCAAAUGAAGUAAUUGCCAAAGCUAUCAGGAAUCUACCAAACAACUCACAAUGAAGAAAUUACCCAUUGUGGCCUGUUUUCAUCUCAAGCGGUGCGAACAUGUUGGCAAACUGAGACGAAAGAUUAAUACCUUUAUCUCUUUUCCCUUGGAGCUAGACAUGACUCCCUUUCUGGCCUCCACUAAAGAGAGCAGAAUGAAAGAAGGCCAGCCACCAACAGAUAGUGUGCCAAACGAGAAUAAGUAUUUACUGUUUGCAGUGAUUAAUCACCAUGGAACUUUGGAAAGUGGACACUAUACCAGCUUUAUCCGGCAACAGAAGGACCAGUGGUUCAGCUGUGAUGAUGCCGUCAUUACCAAGGCUACUAUAGAGGACUUACUUUACAGUGAAGGGUAUUUACUGUUCUAUCACAAACAAAGAAUAGAGAAAGACUAGUCGUACCAGACCACUUACCAGAAAAAAGUAAAAUAAAUGGAUUGGCAAGGAUCCAGAAGUGACACACGAACCUACCUGGAAUGAACAAUGAUAACAAGACCUAUAUGACAACUAACACCUUGAUAUAAAGAACCUAUAUUACCAUGGCCUGUGGGUCUGUAGGAGAAAAAAAAAAAGGACUACUAACCAGUGACCAGUUCAGCCUUAAGAAAUGAGGAAAGGGGGAAGAGGUUGAAAAUACUCACAUAAGACCAUGAUUAAAUGAAAAGAACGAACUAGGUAAAGAGAAUGAGAACAGAGGUUUUUUGGCACUACUGUAUGUCCUUGCUUCAACGAAACAAGUCAGGAAGUAUUCCUUCAUCAGCAAAAUGCUUCAAAAUCAGUGUUCCAGCUAUGGUUGACCAGUAAAAUAGUUUGAAAAGAAAGAAUAUUUUAAAAUAAAAUUUUUGAAGAUUUAAGAAGAACAAAUUUGAAAGAAAAAUAAGUUUUUUAAAGUUUAAAAAGAAAAAAUAUUUAAAUGUUGAAAGAAUAAGUAUUUUUAAAAGAUGUUUGAAAAAAUAACUUUACAGAAGUUUCAAAAUGUAUUAAAAUAUGUUUUAAAAACAAAAAGUUUAAAAUUCUUCUGAUUUAAAAAUGUAAAAUGAAUAAACCAAGAAAAUAAAAAUAAUAGAUUAAAAAAGAAAAUAGAAGGAAGAGAUUAAAAUUAAAGUUUAAAAUGAAAGUAAAUGUAAUAUAAGGAAUAUUUCUAAAUUAAAGCAUUAAGUACGCAUGUUCAAAAAUUAAAAGGUAACAGAAUGAAUAGUUUUAAUGAUGUAAUAAAUGAACCAUGAAUUCUAAAAUAAUAAAGAAUGGAAUGAAAUUUUAAGUUUAAAGAAAAGUCUUAAAACUGGAAAACUUAGAAAAAAUCCAGACAAAUGUUAGACAUUUUUUAAAACAUUUAAAAGAGGAAAAAAUAAGAGAAAGAUGAUUAAAAAAUAUAUAAAGGAUCUUAG